AGGCUACACAAAAAAUUUAAAAUAUCUUGAAAAAGUUCGAAUUUCUGCUUUCCAGCAUGAGUACAAUUAUCUGGCUACCAUUGGUGUUACUAGGAAUUCUCUGGCUGAUAACUAGGAUAACAGCAUGGGUCUUAUGCUACAUCUUUAGAAAGUAUGUCAACAUUGAGGCAAAGUUUGGAACAAUUGGAUUGUUCACAUUCAAGAAUGUUCAAUUUGUGCUGAGCAAUGGUACUGUAUUGGAUAUUGAAAGACUUUGGCUCUCCAGUAGCUUCAUCAACAACGAUGCAAAAAAACCAAUUGUUUUGUGUAUCAGCGAUGUCAGGCUACAGACAGACACUAAAAGAGGGCUCCCUAGUCACAAAGCCCAAGAAACAAAACCAAAAGUGCCAUCUAGUGAGAGCCCUGCACAACAAGUUGCUAAACUUUCAUCAGUAAUUCAGUAUGUAUGCGUCAACAUAGAACAUUUGCAUGUCGAUGUCUUUGAUGUUCUCUACCCUGGCUGUCAGCUUAAUCUCUCCAUACAAGACAUUUCCAUUGACUCUCACAUUGAGUUAAAUAAACUUCAAGUGAGUGUCAGCAUUAAUACUCUACAAACUAAACUGCUAAAGCCUGCGAGGGAAAUAGGCAGCCCUGUCCCCCUAGGGGAAGGCCUGACGCACCAGGAUGCUGAAACAAUGUGCUUUGGGGAGGGAUCCUUGAGUGCAAAUGUCUUACUUGAGAUUGGUUAUCAGACAGAUGUGUCCGCUGAGGUUUUACACGUUGCUGUUACGAAACUAGAUAUUGGAAUAACAGAUGAACUUAUACUUGUGUUGCAUCGAGAGAAAUCCAGAAAGAGGCUAGAUUCAUUCAGAAAGAGGCUCCACUCUCCUAAACAAGUCUCGGAGUUUGAAGAUGCUCUCACUGGGGAUGAUAGUGAAAUGCAAUCAAAAUUGCUCAAAAUCUUGGCGAUCAGUCCAAAGACCAUGUCCAUAUGCCUGGAGAAUACAAAGUUACGUGUUACUUCAUCGAGGAACGAAGAUCUCUCCAUUGCUAUUCGCCACGUAAAACUGGAGACAUAUAUGCAUUUUCUUGAGAAACAGCUGGUGGGAGUAUCCAUCACACUGAAUAUAGAUGGCAUCAGUGCAGUGACAUUGCAGUCAACAAUUUUCUCGUUGACAAAGUUCACUGGGAAAGUUCAGCAUGAAGGAGGGGCAAUCAACAUAACUAGUCGCAGUCAAAGCUGUCAAUUUACCUAUAAUCCCAGUGAUUUGGAAUCUUUGGCAGCCAUCUUGAAUAAAAUCCAAAAUGAGGCUGGAAAUGUGCAGAUGGAUUUAAGACCAAAGCAAAAAAGCCAUAAUCAAAGGGAUUUAGUCAUGCAGUUUAUAAGAAACAAAAUCAUCAAUAUUGAUGUAGAAAUAGCAGAUUCAUCUGUGGCAGUUACCACGGAAACAUCCAGAGGCGUUGUGGCGGGAAUUACAACUUCCAAAAUCAAACUAGCCAUUAUGGAAAGCCUUUCUGAUAUGGCAACUGGAAGUGGUGAUUGGUUCACAACACGGGAUAUCCGUGGUGACAUUGACCUCGAGGCCAUCUAUAUGCAACUAGAAGAAUCACAGGUGCCAAUACAUCAACUGAACUCUGACGAACAUCAAUGGAACACUUUACUGUAUAUAGGUCUAUUUAUUAUUAAAGUAAACAAAUUCUCGUCAGAUGUUCAGACUGAUUUCCUGAUGGAUGGACUCCAUUUUGAAUGGUCAUCCCUAGCAACCUCAGUUGCUGAGCAACUAAUAACAACAAUAAGCCAAUCAGCAUUAACCUCCAGUGUGAUGUCAUCAAAUGAGAACAAACAAGCAGUGCCAUCUUUUAAGUCUUCCAUGGAAUCGCAGAUCCCAGAAACCCAACUCAUGUGCAAUAUUAAUAUAGGAUGUACAAAUAUAAAUAUAUUUGUCUCAAAUGAACAUAAAGUCUGUCUUAUGCUGAGGCUGGAUUGUGUUAAGAUGAAGAAGCGUCAAUCACAAACAACUUUUGAACUUGAUGGCUUUAAAGUGGUAUAUCUCACUCAAGAAAACCAGGCAUUAUCACUAGUUGGCGCUAGUGACCUCACAGAUUACGUCUGCCACAUCCAGCAGUGCUCCCUAUUCUACUUCCCUAACACUCAGUCCAUACAAAUCCAGCUAUCGAAUGAACUGUACUUUGUAUGGUGUACAAAGGUCCACAUGUGUAUAUACCACACACUUCAAGACAUUACACAGCUGAAAACAACACUCUCUAAAUGUCAAACCCAAUUAAAGGGAACCACUAAAUGUCAAACUCAACAAAACGAAAACAUUCAGUCACAUUCAAAUGGUGAAACUGGUUCGAGGAGUGGGAACGGUGCAAAAAUUGAUGACGAAGAAAAAGAAGGCGUUUUGUCAAAGUUGAAUGUUACUGUCAAAAUUGAAGCAAAUACUUUGCUUGGCUUAGAGAUGACAGAUGGGCAUAGAGUUGAAGCUCGAACCGAAGAAAUCCUUAUCACCCUACAGAAUGGAAAAUGCUCAAUAGGUGGCCCUGCAGUAUCAGUUAUAUUUGAUGACAAUGAAAUAUUCAAACUGAAGGAUGUUAGAGUUGACUGGUGCUACCAACCAACAGGGCUUGGUCUAUUGGAUUUAGUGACGUCCAAGUCGUUUUUUCCACACAGUUAUAAUUUCUCGGCCUGUUUUGAGCAGAUAAUCAACACAUGGAAAUGGAUCAAAAUUGUUCACAAAAUUCGCAGAAAACCAUUUACAGUUGAAAGUUUGCUACCUCCAGAUUUGAUCAUUAAAACCAAGAAAUUGACAGUGCAGUUACAUGACGAUCCGUUUGAAGUUAAACUUGGAGAUAAUUAUGAGCUCAUGGUUGAUGAAUUUGGGGAAAGUCAGAAACGCUUGCUGGCAAUGGAUAAAAAGAUUCAAGAACUCCGCAAAAUACACGGCCUUCUUCCAGCGAGUAAGGUGGAUGAACUAUAUGCAUCACUACGUAAAAAGAAUGCAGAGGUGUACAUUAAACGCUCGAUGCAACUCUACAGAAAUGCACCAAUCAGAACGAAGCUUUUCACAUGGCAAAUGGAGAAUGUUGAAAUAAUGGCAUUUGCUGAUACAUCACUUCACGGGAAAGAGAACUGCGUGAAGCAAAUGCGGGAAAUCGACAAAGACACGUGAGUUAAUGAAUACAUUAAAUUUUUGUCCACUUCCUAAAUCUGAAUCAGAGAAAAUGAAAGCAGUUAUAGGGGUUGGGUAAACAGGGACUUUCUCCCAGUUUAUCUCCAUUUCCCUGUGAUCCAGGUACUGGCACUUACUACCAGACCUCACAAUGCUCUUGAUAGGCUUGAAACAAUUUUACAAGGCAUUGCUACUAAAGUUUAAAUCACGGCAUGUUCCACUUCUAACGAGGCUUUGCUACUAUCUUGAACUUUGGUGUCAAUAAAAGGGUUGGUGAAGUUAUGAAUUUCCUCAUAUCAAACAGGACUGGAUUUUUAGGGUCAGCAUGCUCAAAGUGAAAGUUUUGUAAAAGCUGUGUAAAGAGGAGAAACAUC